AUGAUAUUUCUUGUAGAAGAGUCUGAUGGAAUAGCAAAGCGGACGAGUGUGAUCCUGGGCACUCUGACUGUUGUCCUUGUGAUAGUCAUCGUUGGUCUGAUUGUGAAAAACAGGAAACUUCAGACAGGCUGGAUCUCUGUCUCAGUUUCUGAGACUGUGGACGUCCAGUCUGGUGAAGACGUCACACUGCAGUGCUCCAACAUGGUCAAACGUGAAUCUGUGACAUUGUGGUUCAGACUGGUGAAUAAAACCAAGGCCAGCUGUAUCUCUGUUAUGUUCCGUGCUGACGAGGACGCUGAAUACUGCGAGGGAUUUCAAAAUGGAAAAUUUAAAAUGAGAUCCGACAGCUCCACCACCUCUCUCAGAAUCAAACAGAUGGAUUUAUCUGACUCUGGACUGUAUUUCUGUGGAUUUUACACAGAGGGACGUUUGUUUUUCAGUGUAAUAUAUUUAAAUGUUAAAGGCAGCGGUGAGCCACAUGAUGACGAGGAAUACAACUGCAAAAAAGAGUCUGAGGGAAUAGCAAAGCUGUCGAGUGUGAUCCUGGGUGCUCUGACUGUUGUCCUUGUGAUAGUCAUCGUUGGUCUGAUUGUGAAAAACAGCAAACUUCAGACAGCUGCCAGGGAAGGACAGAAUCCACAACAGCAUGAGACUCUGGGCUCUGAUGGCCAGAAAGAUGCAGCACUGGCUUUGUGCUUGCCAACAGUGAGGAACAGGAGGCCUGCAUCACAGAGAGAAGUGGAGACUCAUGUUAUUUAUGCUGCCCGCAGAUAGACUCAGAGAGGAACUGAUGCUUUUAUC